GUGGUGGUAAUGCUCCUCGAAACCACACCUUACAGUUCAUCGAUUCCGUGACCGCCGUCGGAUCUGAUCGCACUAUGGACUCCGUCUCUAGAGCCACCGUCGCGUCUACAACUGCUGUUGUCGAAGAGCCCGAGUAUCUUGCUAGGUAUCUUGUUGUUAAACAUUCCUGGAGGGGUCGUUACAAGAGGAUCCUUUGUAUUUCGGGCGGUGGAAUCGUCACGCUUGAUCCUAAUACUCUUGCUGUUACUAAUUCUUAUGAUACUGGAAGUAAUUUUGAUGGUGCUUCACCUUUGAUUGGGAGGGAUGAGAAUACGGAGAGUGUUGGUGGUGAGUUUACUAUCAAUGUUAGGACGGAUGGGAAAGGCAAAUUCAAGGCUAUGAAGUUCUCUUCUAGGUGCAGGGCAAGUAUUUUAACUGAGUUGUAUCGGCUUAGAUGGCAUCAAAUUAGACCUGUGGCUGAGUUUCAGGUGCUACACCUUAGGAGACGCAACGCUGAAUGGGUUCCUUAUAUAGAUUUACCCAUAGUCUGGUAUUAG